AGUCUCUGAGACCGUUAAUGACUCUCAUUAUCCGGCACGUGACGCUCUGGGGGGUGAUGAUGUGGUUUGAUUUCAUCUCUGAGCAACCGGUUCCUAAAUCUGAGCGCCUCUAAUCGGCUUCGUUAUAUUCCGACCUCUGCUAAUGAAAGAGAGAGACGCUAAUCCGGAUCUCUGCAACAACAGUCACUGACCGCAGCCGAGGGACAGCACAGAGCGGCCAUGGAUGGUCCUCCGAUGCUCUAUGGUAACGGAUCCUACUCCGGGGCAAACAGCUCCCAGGUCACCGAGUUCCUCCUCAUCUGCUUCCCGGAGGUCCAUGGUUCCUUUCUGUCUGGGCUCUUCAUGUUCUGUCUCAUGGUGGCCCUGAUUUGUAACAUGGCUCUGAUAAUUAUCAUAUGUGCCGAUCAGAGACUUCACCACCCCAUGUACUAUUUCCUGGCGAUGUUGGCCGUGGCGGACAUUCUGCUGUGUACCGUGGCCACCCCUAAGACCCUGGCAAUCCUCUGGACGCAAGCCAACAGUAUCAGCACCAGCGCUUGCUUCAGCCAAAUGUUCUUCAUUCUGCUGUGGUCGUCCAUGGAGUCUUCCAUCUUCCUGGUAAUGGCGUAUGACCGCUACGUCGCCAUUUGCCAUCCUCUACAUUAUCCUUCCGUCGUCACCAACAAACUGGUGGCCAAAGCCAUCGUCUUCAUACUGACCAGGAACCUUGUUGUGAUUUUACCCAUCCCGUUGCUGUCCGCCAGCCUCGACUACUGCUCCAGAAAAGAAAUCCUUCACUGCUUCUGCGAGAACAUGUCGGUGGAGAAGCUGGCCUGCGACGCGCAUCCCCCGGGAAGCAUCUACGGCUUGGUCACUUUCUUCAUUGUCGGGGGUUCCGACCUCCUGUUCAUCGUCAUCUCGUACGCGGCAAUCCUGAGGACAGUGGUGAAAGCGCGUUCCUGCGCGACUGCCUUCAAAGCCUUCCGGAUAUGCAGCUCCCACCUGAUCCUCAUCUGCUUCUUCUACUUCACCAUCGCAACGACCAUAGCGUCCAGCCAAACGCUGAAGGGGAUUCCACGUCACGUCCACGUCCUGCUUGCUCUCCUCCAUCACCUGAUACCCCCAGCUCUGAACCCAAUAGUGUAUGGGGUCAUGACCAAGGAGAUCAGGGAAGCCGCAAAGAGGCUUCUGGGAAAGGCCAAAGUGCAUCCAUGAGAAGAGGGACAGGCCUCAGCAAAUGAACUAUCACCGCCACAUGUAUGUUUCCAUGAAAGCAUUUAACGUCAUUGAUGUGGGUGCCUUAUUAGCCGUGUCACAUGUCCUGUAACUUUGUAUCCUUUCACUUAUAAAAACGUUUACAAUCUACAGAAA